AUGAUGACUCGGGAUAAGAUGGCAAAAAAGGUACGAAUCUUCUUCCCCAAAUCAAAUCAACCUAUCUAUAAUCUGAAAAUGGGUCAUAAGAUUAAGGAAAUUAGACAGAAGUUAGAUGCCAUCGCAACUGAUAGGAAAUUCCACUUAGAGGAACGCCCUGUGGAGAUGGGAGUAAGCCGUAGGAAGAGGGAUGAUAGUCAUUCCUACGUACCUGAGGCAGGAGUUAUUGGUAGAGAGGAUGCCAAGAAGGAGAUCAUAGAAAGACUUCUUUAUGAUUCCAAUGUUAAAAAGAGUGUCGGAAUCCUUCCGAUUACCGGUAUCGGAGGUUUAGGAAAGACCACACUAGCUCAAUUCAUCUUUAAUGAUGAGGAAAUAGAUAAACAUUUUCAGCUAAAAAUGUGGGUGUGUGUCUCUAAGAGUUUUGAAGUCGAAAAAGUUGUUGAAAAAAUCCUGGAAUCGGCAAUAAAAAAGAAACCAGACAAUGUUGAAAUGGAUACAUUAGUGCAUGGUCUUCGAAAAGAAAUUGGUGGAAAGAAAUACUUACUUGUGUUGGAUGAUGUUUGGAAUGAGGAUGUUAAAAAAUGGGAUGAUUUGAAAGUACUGUUGGAGGUUGGUGCAAGUGGCAGUAGAAUAUUAAUAACUGCACGAAGUAAAAAAGUUGCACAAAUUACCCAAACAAUUGCAGAAUAUUCCUUACAGUGUUUAGACGAACGGGAGUCAUGGUGUUCAUUCAAGCAAGUGGCAUUUGAGAACGGACAAGAGCCAGUGAAUUCUAGAAAAGUGGAAGUUGGAAAGGAGAUUGUAGAAAAGUGUUCAGGUGUCCCUCUUGUCAUCAAAACAAUUGGAAGGUUACUGUCCUUGGAAAAUUCUGAUGCAGGGUGGGUUUCUUUCAAAAACAAUAAACUGCCAAAAAUAAAAGAAAAUGAUAUCUUACCAACUCUUAAGCUGAGUUAUGAUCAACUUCCAUCACAUUUGAAACAAUGUUUUGCUUAUUGUAGUAUAUUUCCAAAGGAUUACGUGAUGGAAAAAUCAAAAUUGAUAAAUCUCUGGAUAGCACAAGGGUUUAUCAAACUAUCCAAUCAAAAUGAAUGUCUUGAAGAUGUUGGUCAUGAGUAUUUCAUGGAUUUACUUUGGAGAUCCUUCUUUCAAGAAGCUGAAAUGGAUUAUUUGGAAAACGUGAUUUGGAUUAAAAUGCACGACGUCAUGCAUGAUCUUGCAAGCUCAGUAGCAGGAUCGUUUAUCACCAAAUUAGAAUCCAAAGAAAAAAGUGUUAGUGAGAAAACUCGACACGUAUCAUUGGUCAACAAUAGAGAUUUUUCCUUUGUAACUCCAACUUCCUCGCCUAAAGCUAGUAGGAUACGAACACUUCUUUCACUUGGUAAAUUCGAGAAUUUGCAAGAGUCAAGUACUUCAUGUGAAGCAAUCUUUUCAAGUAUGAAGUUCUUGCGAGUGCUGGAUUUACAUGGAAGACAGCUUGAUUUAGUACCGAGUUCCAUAUCUAAGUUGAAGCAUUUAAGAGAUCUUGAUCUUUCAUGGAAUGAAAAAAUCGAGAAGCUGCCCGAUUCCAUAACUAGGUUGCAAAAUUUGUAUACACUAAGACUCUCUGGUUGCACUGCGCUUAAAGAAUUGCCUAGAGGAAUUACGAAAUUAGUCAACCUGAGGCAUCUUUACAAUGAUGGAUGUGAUAGUUUGACUUAUAUGCCACGUGAAUUGGGGCAAUUGAAAAAUCUCCAGACAUUAUCUAAGUUUGUUGUCCACUCUAAUUCGGCCCCAGAGGAUAGUGGCAGUUAAGCGAGCUAAACAAACUGAACAGCCUAAGAGGAGAAUUAGAGAUCAGGGGGGAAGACUUCGCAUUAGAAUGUAAGGGUGCAAAUCUAAAGGAGAAGGAACAUCUUCAGGUUUUGACUUUACGUUGGAGCAGGGACAAUGUUAAUUCACGUGAUGAAAUGGCAUUGGAAGGCCUUGAUCCUCACCCAAAUCUUAAAAAGCUGUUUAUAUAUAAUUAUGGGGGUGUGAGGGUUCCGACGUGGCUUAAGCAGUUGUGGGAAAUUGAAAUAUUUGCCACCAUUGAGUCGACUACCCUCUCUUAAGAGUAUUUUGCUGUACAACCUUGUGGAAAUAGAGUACGUAUCAGAUUGUAGUGACAACAAUGAGUUAUCUUUAUCUUCUUCUUCUUCGUCGGCUCCAACAGCAAUUUUUCCAUCUCUGGAGGCAAUUUAUUUCUAUUCAUGUCCUAAUCUCAAGGGUUGGUGGAGGAUGAGUGACUAUUAUAAUGUGGAUAUCAAUACUACUGAUAACGAGAAUUCCUUUGAAACAUCAUCAAUGACGGAGAGUACUACGGGGCAUGCUUUACUACUCCCUUCUUUUCCUCGUCGUUCAAAUUUAGAAGUAUGGGAUUGCCCUAUGUUGACUUCAUUGCCAAUGUUUCCACAUCUGAAAGAAGUGUUAUACCUAAGGAAUGCCAGCUGGAAGCCAGUGCAACAAACAAUAACGAAUGCCUCCUCCUCCUCCUCCACUUCCUCCACCCCCAUUGCCUUUUCAUCUGCUCCUCUCUCCAAAUUGAAGAGAAUAAUCUUACGUCAAAUUGAGGAUCUAGAAACACUGCCAGAGGAUGGGUUGCAAAACCUCAUAUCUCUCCAGUAUUUGACGAUAACUUACUGCCCUAAAUUAAAGUCUCUCUCCCAAGGUGUACAAUAUCUCACUGCGCUUCAAAACCUGGAGCUUACUGAUUGUCCUCUGCUUGAUCUAGGCAACGAUGAGCACCAGAUGCAAUGGAAAGGGCUUAAAAGCCUCAUCUCUUUGGAGUUUCAGAUUAUUCCGAAAAUGGUGUCUCUCCCAUUGGGGCUUCAAUAUGUAACCACUCUCCGACAGCUCGUAAUCUCAAAUUGUUCAAGCUUGAUGGCUAUACCAGAGUGGAUUUGCCAUUGGGCAUCACUUGAGCGGUUCACAAUUAAUACAUGUUCUGGUUUAACAUCACUGCCUGAAGCAAUAAGUAGGCUAACCUCUUUGAAAACGUUGGCAAUUUAUGAUUGCCCCAUCUUAUUACGAAGAUGCGAACAAGAGAGAGGUGAGGAUUGGCCCAAGAUUGCUCACAUCCCAGAGCGGGACUUUUUACCUAGAUCCAGACUGGAAUACGCCAUCCUUGACUGAUCCAGGAGAAUAGUAAGGAGGCCGAAGAAGAGCAAAGGGAAGAAAUAUAGGAGGGGUUUGCGGAGGAGAUCCAGGACUGGAAUCCGGAGGCCACAAUGUUGAGGCUGUAUAAUUUCACGACAACAAUUUCAACAGGGCCUGCAUGUUUCUCAGCGUGGAAAGUGAUGGUUAUGUUUUGGAUUUCUUGAGAAGUGUAUUAUCAAGUGCUUCAGGGCAAGCAUGCAUGCAUUCAGCUUUUUUAACUGGAGUUAUGCAGAGGAGGCUGCAGGAUCUUAAGGAGAACUGAACAAGUCCUUGCAAUUUUCAUGCCAUACAUACAUGUUAGCUUAGCUUGGCCAGCAGUUACAUUGACACAAAGGAUUUGUGAAACUUUCAAAAUACGCAUCCAAAACCUGCUUGGAAAAGUUUAUUUCAAUUGGAGAAAAACAAAACAAAAGGUUCACUUUUGUUCCACUGCUUAACCUUCAGCCAAAAUUUGCAAGCUUUAUCAUUCUUGGAAAUAAAGCGAAGUUGAGCCAGUUUCCAAAAACCUGCAAAUAUCACAUGAUUUAUGCUUUUUUACUUCACACAAAACAGGCCAAGAUGUUGGGCACUUUGCGUUGCAUGAGAUUGGUAUAAAAAAGCAUUAAUCGAUGUCGUUUUCUACCAAA